CCUGGCUGGGAUUUGGGCCACUUGGAGUUAAUGUCCAACUGGGGGUCUACGGAGACCGGAUCCGAGGUGCCACCGCUGGACGGGAUUCUAAGAUGAAGUUAUGGGAUGUCGUGGCUGUCUGCCUGGUGUUGCUCCACACCGCGUCUGCCUUCCCGCUGCCCGCCGGUAAGAGGCUUCCCGAGGCGCCCGCCGAAGACCGCUCCCUUGGCCGCCGCCGCGCACCCUUCGCGCUGACCAGUGACUCCAAUAUGCCUGAAGAUUAUCCUGACCAGUUUGAUGACGUCAUGGGUUUUAUUCAAGCCACCAUUAAGAGACUGAAGAGGUCACCGGAUAAACAAGCGGCGGUGCUUCCUCGCAGAGAGCGAAAUCGGCAGACUGCAGCUGCCAGCCCAGAGAAUUCCAGAGGGAAGGGUCGCAGAGGCCAGAGGGGCAAAAAUCGGGGCUGUGUCUUAACUGCAAUACACUUAAAUGUCACUGACUUGGGUUUAGGCUACGAAACCAAGGAGGAACUGAUCUUUCGGUAUUGUAGCGGCUCCUGUGAUGCGGCCGAGACAAUGUAUGACAAAAUACUUAAAAACUUAUCUCGAAGUAGAAGACUAGUGAGUGACAAAGCAGGCCAGGCAUGUUGCCGACCGGUUGCGUUCGACGACGACCUGUCAUUUUUAGACGAUAACCUGGUUUACCAUAUUCUAAGAAAGCAUUCCGCUAAACGGUGUGGAUGCAUCUGACUCCGGCUCCAGAGACUGCUGUGUAUUGCAUUCCUGCUACAGUGCGAAGAAAGGGACCAAGGUUCCCAGGAAAUGUUUGCCCAGAACGGAAGAUGAGGACCAAGGAGGCAGAGGCG